UGAUCCCCCUUGCCAAUUCUCCUUCUCUCCACUCUCCCUGUCUCUCUCUGUCUCUCUCUCUCUCUCUCUCACUGAAAUUGUUCUCUCUUCGAAAUGUUGGCAAUGGAGGAUUCAACCUUCUGCUUGUCCAAGAGGGACAUGUGGAUUGACUCUUUCGUGGAGGUUGCCGUGGCGGUGGAAUCUCUUCUUGCCUUCCAAUCUCUUGCCUGCCUUCUAGUGGCUGGAUCUCUUCUUUACAACAUCAACGAUUCAACUUUGCAUAAAUUGUGCAGAAUAGAUGGAAGCUUUCCUUUAGAAGAACUCCUUAAAGGAAAACGUGCUUACCUAGAAAAUAAAGACGGAAGCGAGACAGACGAAGACGAUGAUGAAGACGAUGAAGAGGCAAAUGAUCAGGAUGAUGAUGAUGAUGGAGAAGAGGAAUUCUCAGGUGAAGGUGAAGAAGAAGGGAAUCCUGAGGAUGACCCUGAGGCCAACGGUGCUGGAGGAUCUGAUGACGAUGAUGAUGAUGGUGAGGAUGAUGAUGGUGAUGAUGGUGAGGAUGAGGAGGAGGAAGAGGAAGAGGAGGAGGAAGAAGAUGAUGAAGAGGAUGAGCCACCUGCCAAGAAGAGGAAGUGAGAAUUGGAUUAGGUACAUUGUUUUCUCACCUUCCUUUGUAAUGCCUAGUCUAGUUCCUAAUAGAAGAUUCUCCAUCCUGUCGAUCAGACAUGAUUCCUUGUGUCAAGGAUUAUAAAUCAUAAACAUCUACAAUUAGCGUAUUCUCUUGUUAUUAUUUAGUUUGCUUU